AUGAAGUCGGCCACGAGAUUGCAGGCUCUAAGAUCCAAACGCCAUAGCACAUCCAAUGCUCUCCAAGAUGUCCAGACCGAACCCCUCAAGUCCAUCCUCAUAGCAAAUCGUGGCGAGAUCGCUCUUCGCGUGGGAAGGACGGCGGCUCAAUAUGGUAUCCGCACCAACACGUUAUACACCGACCCCGAUCGAUUGAGCCAACACGCCUUGAGUUCACCAUUUGCCGUGAACCUGGGCAGUACCGACCAGUAUUUAAAUGGUGACAGGAUCAUCAGAAUCGCAAAGGAGUUGAACUGUCAAGCUAUCCAUCCCGGCUAUGGCUUUCUCAGCGAGAAUGCCAACUUUGCCAAAGCCUGCUCGGAUGCGGGUGUGAAGUUCAUUGGUCCCCCGUGGAAGGCCAUCGAGGCCAUGGGAGACAAAAGUCGAUCGAAGGAGAUAAUGAUCGAUGCGGGAGUUCCGUGCAUUCCUGGAUAUCAUGGUACCAAUCAGGAUCCCGAUCAUCUCAAGGCUGAAGCCCACAACAUCGGAUAUCCUGUACUACUCAAAGCGGUCAAAGGUGGCGGAGGCAAAGGAAUGCGCAUCGUACGGUCGCCAGAUGAGUUCUUUCAGCAACUAGACUCUGCCAAAUCCGAGGCGCGUUCAUCCUUUGGCGAUGAUGUCAUGUUGGUGGAGAAGUACAUUACCACACCUCGUCACAUCGAAGUUCAGGUCUUCGCGGACAGUCAUGGGAACUGCGUCGCAUUGGGUGAGCGAGACUGUAGUAUUCAGCGGCGGCAUCAAAAAAUCCUCGAGGAGUCACCGGCUCCAAAUUUGGCGGAGGAUAUCCGACAAGACCUGUGGGCGAAGGCGCGACAAGCGGCGUUGGCGGUCGGUUAUGAAGGUGCAGGGACGGUAGAAUUCAUCUUCGACAACGACAGUGGCGAAUUCUUCUUCAUGGAAAUGAACACCCGCCUCCAAGUCGAACAUCCAGUCACCGAAAUGGUCACUGGAGAGGACUUGGUCCGUUGGCAGAUCAUCGUCGCAGAGGGUGGUAAACUUCCACUGUCUCAAAGCCAAGUCGAAGAGCGAAUCAGAAGCCUAGGUCACGCCAUCGAAGCGCGCAUUUACGCCGAAGACCCGGAGAUGAAUUUCAUGCCUUCUACCGGAAAACUGCUUCACCUGCGUACCCCUCCUAUACGGGAUGGCAUCCGAAUCGAUGCCGGCUUCGUCGAGGGCGAUGAGGUCUCCAGCCACUACGACCCCAUGAUCGCCAAGCUCAUUGUGCAUGGACCAGAUCGAAAAGCAGCACUUCGGAAGAUGGUCUCUGCUCUUGAGCAGUACGAGAUUGCCGGCCUGAAAGUCUGUCAAAGCGCCGACUUCAUCGCCGGAGACGUCGAGACCGGCUACAUCCCCAAACACGAAGCUGAGCUCUUCGCCAAAGAGCCCAUCGAGGAUGAACUCUACGUGCAAGCCGCCAUCGGUCUCUACGAAGCCGAACACACCAAGCGACCAGGUUCCAGCUCGAUAUCAACCGGGCCUCAACAAACGAUCGGAUUCGGCCAAGCCAUCCAGCCCCACGAAAUGCAAUUCGUCGAAGUCCUAUCCAGCAGUGAUCCCCAAAAGCCCUCCACGCCCAUCACAAUCCAACUCCUCAAAACCAGCCCCGAGACCUUCACAGCCACCAUCAAAAACAACGACAGUAACAAAACCUACACCACCACCACCACCCACGACCCCCUCACCAACACCCUAACCUCCUUCUUCCCGCACACCCGCCUCAGCACCACCCUGAUCCGCGACCCCGAAACUCCCACACUCCUCACGCUGUUCCAGCGCGGCCGGCAAUACCGCCUGACCCUCGUCCCGCCCAAAUGGGCCGCCAAAGCGCUCGGGACGAAGGCCACGGCCAACAGCGUGCUCGCGCCGAUGCCGUGCAAAGUCCUCCGCGUGGAGGUUGAGGUCGGCCAGAAGGUCGAGAAGAACCAGGCCCUCGUCACCAUCGAGAGCAUGAAGAUGGAGACGGUCAUCCGCAGUCCGCUGGAGGGCCGCAUCCGGAGGAUCGUGCAUCGCGCGGGCGAGAUGUGUAAGGCGGGGACGGCGUUGGUGGAGUUUGAGGAGGAAGGGGAGGGGGAGGGUUCGGAGUGA